AUGCUUAUCAAAUAUCCUUUGCUGUCAUUUGCCGUUGCUGUAUAUGGAGUUACUUUACCAGAUAGUGACUUGGUAGGCAGAAGCACCAAUGACACUAUAUUGUAUACAAAUGUCAAUACCGUCAACAGGGCAUUCGUCGUUGAAUUUGGAAAAGAAAUCAGUACCUCUCUUUCCGGACGAGAUCGCCGCAACAUCUUCCACAAGCGGGCGGCGUCAAUUAGCUACAAUAUUCGCCACGAAUUUGAUUCGACAGCUUUCACCGGGCUCUCAAUAUCUGUCACACAAAGUGGCACCGAUGAAGAACUGCAACUACAGCUCCUAGAAAUCCCUGGAGUAACAGGUGUCUGGCCAGUUUAUGAGGUUCCUCGACCUGGUACAUUUUCCAAUCUGACGAACUCCGAGAACACCAGUGUAGAUAUUUCUUCUCUAGGAAAAAGACAGACAAAAGGAACCACGACAGGAAAUUUGGCGUCCGCUCUCGAAAUGGGUGGUAUUGAUAAGUUACAUGCGAAAGGUAUCAAAGGUAAAGGAAUCAAGAUCGGGAUUGUAGAUACCGGGGUCGAUUAUCGCCAUCCAGCACUAGGUGGCGGUUUUGGACCCGGUUUCAAGAUUGCGGGUGGAUACUCUUUUGUGAAUGAUAACGGAGUUUUAGGGAAUAGCCCUGACCCUUUAUCCACAUGUAUCACUGGAGGACACGGAACCCACGUAUCGGGUAUUCUCGGAAUGGAUCCAAUUUCUGGAGAUGGUUACUUCCCAAUCAGCGGCGUCGCUCCGGAGGCUAGUCUUUAUAUGUACCGUACCUUUGAUUGCGCAAAUGCAGGCGGCAGCGACACAAUUAUGGCCGGCAUGCUGAAAGCACAAGGUGAUGGCGUCGAUAUUAUUAGUAUGUCCCUUGCGAUUGGAACGGAGUGGCCUUCGACCCCAGAUCCAUUGGCUUCUGUUGUACAAAGUAUUACGCAAGCCGGCAUUGCUGUGAUUGUAGCAGUUGGCAACGAUGGUUCUGCAAGUCAAUAUUCCACAGAGCUAUUUGCGGCAGAUUAUCCUGCCGUAGAUCCUAGCGCUAUUGCUGUGGGAGCUAUUGCGAACAAAUUCUUCCCUCUUGUGUAUCCGGCCGUUGACUCCACCAAUGCCAGUCUAGGUUACGCAUCUGUCUGGCCUCUUAACGUGACUGGUCCUGUUCAUGUUUACCUCCUUUCCGAUGGUUGUGAUAGCGGAACAUGGACCAAUGCCCUCAACACUGUGAAUGAAAGUGGUCUUCUCAAUUCCACAAUUUUCGCCUUUGAGGCAUUCAAAACAAUUAGUUACUGCAAUCCAAAUGAGAUUGCCUCGGCUUGGAGUUCAAGUACAGUACUACCUCUCUAUGUUAUGGGUUUCAAUUCAGACAUUGGAAAUCCAUAUUUACUCGAAUACAACGUCUUCAGUCCUUCCUUCUUUGGCGCAAUACAGUACAUAAAUCUCAACACUGACGAUGGAGCGACUCUUGUCAAUAAUUAUGGUCUUGCUGGAGGUUUCCCGAGCUAUACUUUGAUCUUCACGGGAGAUAAGUACACGAGCCCUCCUCAGCACUCAGGAGGUUUGGUUGAUUACUACUCUAAUUUCGGGCCAAACUAUUUCACUUAUGAUUUGAAACCACAAAUCUCUGCGCCUGGUGGACACAUUCUUUCAACCUAUCCUCUGGGACCGACUUCCAACUACGCGAUUUUAUCAGGAACAUCCAUGGCUACUCCCUAUGUUGCAGGAUGCUUUGCUCUUCUCAAAUCUCAGUUUCCCAGCGCUAGCAUAUCCCAAAUAUUGAAUUUACUACAAGUCACAGCGACGCCGGUCAAUUGGGUCUGGGAUAGCACAAUUCUUUCCGCGACAGCACAACAGGGUGCCGGUCUUAUAAAUGCACAUGAUGCUAUCUUUGCGCAAAGCGUGAUUUCACCUGGACAAAUCGUUCUUGGUGAUGAUAGUACUCAUACUGUUUUUGGAGCUGCAAAUAUCACGAUUGAGAAUACUUCAGGAUCCAGCAAAACUUAUACUUUAUCUCAUGUUGGUGCCGGUUACACAGAUGGUCAAUUGUCUGGUCAAGACUCUAACCAAAUUGCCCUCUAUGGAACAGGUGUAUUCCCAACUCCUACUGUCACCCUCGCAAGCGGUGAAUCUAAGACCGUCGAUUUCUCCAUCACUCCACCUACCGGCGUCGUUGCAUCGAAUCGUCCCGUCUUCGGUGGCUUUAUCAAAAUCACCUCUUCCGCGGGUGAGACGUACACUGUCCCCUAUAUUGGUCCUCCUUAUUCCAUGUAUAACACAUCAUACAUCUCCGUUAUCCAAGUUGCCGGUUUUGACGCCGCAGGAUUACCCGAAAAAGAUAACGGAUUCCUACAAAUCAACCCCACUAGGCAAUAUGGAAUAGCUGCCAAUAUACCGCAACAAUAUACACUUGCAUUUCGAUUCGAUCUCUUGCCCGCCAAUACCAACAUUACUGCUCAUACAAAUGCCUUUAAGACGCCCCAGUUAUUCUCCUACUAUUCUUCAAAAUCUACUCCUAAAUCUUCAAUUUUUGGACACCCAUCUUUUGGAACCUAUACGAAUCGUUCGGCAACUAUUGCAAGUGGUGCUAUUCAACCGGGUAAUUAUAUACAAUAUUGGACGAAUGCACAAGUUACUGGUGAUGAUGGGGUGAGUUAUAAUGUGGGUGAUGGUGAUUAUCGAUUUUUCGCUAGUGUAUUGAGGUGGGGUGGGCAGGAGGGAAAGAUUGAGGAUUAUGAUACGUGGUUGGGACCGGUUAUGAGAUUUAAUACGAGUUUCGCGGGAUAA